AUGUUCAAUCGGAGAAAGCGUCAGACUCGGCGGGGACAGCUACCUCCCGGUCCUCCAGGCGCUUUUUUUAUUGGGAAUCUGCUUCAAUUGUCCGGAGACGCUUGGAUUCAAUUCUCCGAAUGGAAAAACGUCUACGGCCCAAUUUUUCAUCUUAAUCUUGCGGGUCAAGAUGUCGUUGUUCUUGGAAACAAUACGGUAGCCGCCGACCUUCUCGACAGGCGCGCCUCCAUUUACUCCGAUCGUCCGCGCUUCACGGUAGCCCGCGAAAUACUGUCUGAAGGACUGUUCUUCACGUUUUUACCCUACGGCACUAUUUGGCGAAAAAUGAGACGGGUUGGUCACGAACGUCUUCAUAAAGGCGUAGUGAAUAAAUUCCAUCAUAUUCAACACGGCGAGACAAUCAGAUUACUCGCAGAUCUGCUCACAAAUCCAGGAGACUGGGAGAAUCAUGUCCGAAGAGCCGUUGGGUCAACCGUCUACUCAGUAGCGUAUGCUACACCACCACUGAAGAACGCGACUGACAGCCCUCUCUACGAGACUCUCGAGUUCACCAAAGACGUCGUUCACGCUGCGUAUAUCGACGGCGGUCUUGUUGAGCUCUUUCCAUGGUUUCGAUAUUGUCCACAAAUAAUAGCACCAUGGAAACAAAAGGCUCUGAAAGCAUCAGUUAUUUACUCAGAGCUAUUUAGUGGUUGGUUCAAGCAUGUCAAGGAGUCUCAGGUAGGAGUUGUGGAAGAGCAUCAGUGCGUAGCUGCUUACGUCGCAGCGAAGCAAAUACAACACAGCCUCUCCGACAAAGAGGCUUCCUGGAUGCUCGCAGCGCUUGCAGCAGGCUCUGAGACGAUGUCUGGAGUCCUGGCCUGGUUUUUUCUCGCCAUGAUACAACAUCCUGGUAUCCAGAAGAAAGCUCAAGAAGAGAUCGAUAAGAACGUCGGAAGGAACAGGCUACCAUCCUUCAGCGAUUACGACCACCUUCAGUAUAUUCGCGCCAUUAUUCGAGAGGUCAUGCGAAAAGACCCAGUCGCUCCCCUUGGUAUGCAACAUCGUCUGACCGAAGACGACUUCUACCACGGAUAUCUCAUCCCCAAAGGAACUAUCUGUAUCCCAAACGUUUGGUAG